CUGUCUGAACGUUGCGGGGGCUCUCACACCGACACUCUAACUCUGAAAACACAAUUACACGCAAAGGCCGAUUGCGUGGAUAUCAUGCAGUCACAUGAAACCACUUUAAUUCCAGCUGAUAAACACACGAACCACCUCUGCUCUUCCUCCGUUUUGUGUUUUGGGCUGUGUGUGUAAACGAAGAGGGAAAGGCUGCGUUCAGAGACGGGGAAAACAGGAAUGUUCCUUCCGGUUCCAAAGAGUGUAAAAACGGAACGGAAGCCGAUGUGGUCUUUGUAGCCUCUCAACGCACUCUCAUCCUCCCACUUUGGCUUCCGAAACUUGUGCCUCUCUGAACGCUGUGCGACCCAGCUGUGCUGCCGGCCUUCCCCCUGACUGCAGGAAAACCAAUCAAGACAAGAGAGAGAGGCCUCUGUCUCCACCAGAGCUGCUACUGACCACUGACUGCAUGUCUCAGAGUUCUAAGCGAACCCCCUCCUCUUCCUUCUCCUCCUCCUCCUUCCAAUCCUCCUUAAGGACCCACAUAUCCACACAACCAUAACCUCCAAACAUCCAGUCAGCUGUAGCUACUUCACCAAAGGCACAGUUGGCGAUCUCUCUCUCUGGACAGAAGGACUAACCGUCAUUCCCCGCACCUGGCCCCUGAUUGGUUGGUCCUCUUGCGGGGGAGGCAGCUUUUAACGCCGAGCCGCUCUCCCUUGAGAUGAAGUUGCAGGCCGUCAUGGAGAACCUGCACAGGCAGCAGAGGGCCAAGCUGCUGAUGGAGCAGCAGCUUCAGCAGCAAGCGGCCUCACAGCACACUCAGAUCCGCUCAGGUGGGGGACUAGGAGGGGACGAACCAAUGGGGAGCCCGGCCCCCGAGGCCGAACAGGCCCAGAUGGCGGCAUUGGCGGCCAUGCGUGCAGCAGCAGCAGGGCUGCAGAGAGUGUCAGACAGUCCCAUGUCAGAUCGCAGCAGCGGUGGCGAGGACGACGAUGAUGAUAAUGAUGAAGGGGAGGAGCAUUACAAGGACAUGAUGGGGUCGGAUGAGGAGGAGCAGAUUAAGCAGAAAUGGGAUGAGGAAGACUUUGAAGGCGAGAUGGAGGAAGACUUUGACGACGACUUGGCGGAGGAAGGUCUGCCGACGGGCCAUGAUGCAGUGGCGCCUGGGAAGGGUAUCCUUCUGCUCCCCCACCGUCAGCUCCACCCGCACUCUCAGCUACUGAAAGCCCGCCCCAGCGUUGACCAGGAGCCUCGAGUUGCUAUUCUUCCUCCACAUGCCACGCACAGCCACCUGGGUGCACAGGACCACGGAGAAUGGACCUAUGAGGAGCAGUUCAGACAACUGUAUGAACUGGACAGAGACCCAAAGAGAAAAGAGUUCCUAGAUGACCUCUUCAGCUUCAUGCAAAAAAGAGGAACCCCAGUGAAUCGUAUUCCCAUCAUGGCCAAGCAGGUCCUGGAUCUGUACAUGCUCUACAGGCUGGUGACAGAGAAGGGCGGCCUGGUGGAGGUCAUCAACAAGAAGCUGUGGAGGGAGAUUACCAAGGGACUCAACCUGCCUACCUCAAUCACCAGUGCAGCCUUCACCCUUCGCACACAAUACAUGAAGUACCUGUACCCAUAUGAAUGUGAUAAGAGGGGUCUGAGUAACCCCAACGAGCUCCAGGCAGCCAUCGACAGUAACCGGAGAGAGGGCCGACGUCAGAGCUUUGGAAGCUCCCUCUUCACCUAUUCACCCAAUGGGACGCCCACCAUGCUCUCCUCGCCCAAGCUCCCCACCGCUAGUGUGGGUCUGACUGUUGGCACCAACGGGGCGUCGCUCACCCCGAUCCAGAAGAUCAAGAAAGAAGAGGAGGGAGGCCAGUCACUUCCAGGGCUUGGUAUGGCUCGUCUGCCGGCGGGAGCCUUGGCAGGACACUCGGUGGCUGCAGUGCAAGCAGCAGCAGCAGCUCAGGCAGCGAUGGCGGCUCAGGUGGCUCAGGUGGCAGCUCUGGAGCAGCUGAGGGACAAACUGGAGGCCGGGGAGCCCCCUGAGAAGAAGAUGGCGCUGCCGGCCGAGGAGCACCACCGACUGUUGCAGAGAGCGUUGCAACACAACCUGCUGGCCAUGACUGCUCAGAUCCCCAUGAACAUCCGCAUCAAUAACCAAGAGAGCAGGCAGGACUCAGCCCUGAACCUCACCACCAACGGCACAAGCAGCAUCAGCAUGUCAGUGGAGCUCAAUGGAGUGGUUUAUACUGGCGUUCUUUUUGCUCAGGCAGCAGCGGCGGGCUCGGUUUUCUCCGGUGCAUCUGGAUCGUCUGUCUCCAACAAGUCGGUCAGCAUUCGUGUCGCUCCUCAGCAACAGCAGCAGCAGAACACACCUACCUCAACCUCAACCUCCAGCAACUCAUUGUCUUAACAAACCCCUCUGCCUUUACCCUUUAUUAUUAUUAUUAUUUUUUAAAUACCACGCUAAGCAAAGCCAAAAAGCAACCUCAUUUUCUACAUUAUCUAUGCCAAAAAGAGAAGAACCAUAAACUUUACGGAAAGACAAAAAAACUGAAACUCAGAUCACUUGAAGUACACUAUCUCAGGUUUUCUCUCACCAACUCACCUCUUUUGUUCUUCAUAGCCAAAAUGAUCUCAGAAAAAAUGUCUCAACUGAGAGCCAGUAUAUGCUAAACAGAUAUGUAUGCACAACCUGUGAAUUAUUUAUUUCUGCAUAAAUGUACAGAUUAUCGGAGAACAAAAGAGAAGGUAAUAACUGGGAAGGGUAAUGCACUGUUUACACACACACAAACACAGCUACUGAUUGACAACGAUGUUUAUCCUCUAGGGGAGAGAUAUUUUUAUUUUAUUUUAUCUUUUCAUUGUCAUUAUUAUCAUUAUUGUUAUUCUCUUCAUUGUGUUUUAUCUUUUAAAUUUUUAACCAUCCUCUCUCUGCAGGAAAAAAUAUAUAUAUUGAGAAUUCUAUAAAAAAGAAAAUAUGAAUAUCCUCUAUUUUAAUCAGAAAAGCUUUACUUGUAUGUUUUCUUCAGGGCAUAUAACAAUGUACCGUCGUGACCUCAUUUCAUGUAAAAUCCUUAUAACCUUAUUCAUAUGGCAGCCAUUUUAGAUCUGCAUGUGGAGUCUGGUGUCAUAUCAAUGGAUCAGAUUCUUCAUUGAAUCACAAAUGUAACCCAACUGGAUCUCAAGAAUCUGCAGGGAUAUUCAUCAGCUUGGUGAAACAUUGAAUCCAUUAUUGAUUGCUGCCAGAGUAGCUAAUUAGCCAGGAUGCUACAUAGCAAGUUGGAGCAGUUGUCGUGGUUCUUCCUACUGAGACAGCUGGUUAAUUUUUAUCUGGAAGUGCUCACCUGUUUGUUGGCCAGUCUAGUGCAUCUCUAUUCCAAUCUUGCAGGUAGUUUGUCAAGUUUACUCUUUACAGAAGCUGUUUGUGUGUCAGCUGUGCAGGUUUGAAAGUCAACUACAGCCUUUUGUGUUGUGAAUAGUACACGUUUUUGAUUGUUCUCAGGUGUCCACCUACUCAUCUCUUUGACAAAGUGAUGGUUUUAAACAUCUUUCUCUGCAGAAAGAUCAAUAUUUAUCCUUUUUCUAACUUGGCCUUCUAGUAGAGUGAUUGUCUUAAGGUCACAUGCAUGCCCGUUUUUGUACAUAAAGCCCUUCAGGAGUGAAGCAGGAAAGGUGUCAUUUCCUGUUUUCAAUCACGUGUCCACUGAACUUCUAGUGGGGACUCUCACAUGGACAAUCAGGUGUGAGGAGAUGCUUUCUGAGCUACAGAAGAGACUUCUCAUGACAGUUAAUUCAGCUCAUAUCUGACAAUUUUUGUUUUUUUGUAUCAUAGAUCACAGAUGCUUUUAUUUUUCUCCUCCAGCUUUGUAUUUUGCAUGACUUAGUUCUUCUGAUCCAAGUGCUUGUUAUCCCGAGCUGAGACAAAGACGGGGUCCUCUUGAGGCCUGCUUGCCACUGUUCGAGGAUAUAAUGGAGAAUGUCUUGUGAUCCUCUGACUGUUUUUAGAUGUUCUUGUAGCGUUUGACAAUGUGAGCUCAAAGUUAAUCAGAGCUGCAGCUGAGCGCUCACUGCAAUGUAGGAUUUCUUUAAAAAAAAAAAAAUCCCCCACAGAGGAUUUACUGUAUCAUUCAGGUGUAGAAGUGCAUUUAGAAGCAGAUCAAUUAUUGAGCUUUUUCAGCUUUAACCCAAGUUACCUCUCUGGACUUUUAAAGAUUGUUACUCACUCCCCUCACCCACCGCUAUGCAAAGCAGCCUCAUUCCUACUGAUGUUAGGAAGUAAUCAGGCUUUGUACGCGGGCUCUGUUCCGAGGCCUUAACUCAGCAUGAGAUGUCCGCAGAGUGAGCAGUACCUCUGACUAAUCGCCCUUUACUAUUCUAGACAUAUAUCACCAGAUGGCUGCUGCUGCUGCUUUGAUUAUGGACCCACGUCUCAGUGGGAAACUACCCCUAGCUGCUACACAAACACUGUUGAAAGGUCUCUUUAUACUUAGGACAGCAUAAGUCAUGAGAUGCUGUUGUGAUUCAGAAGAAGAGCAAGAAGGAAAUGUUCAGCCCCUCAUAUCAGAAAAUGAAAGAGGUGCUUAACUUGGUUUCAGGAAAAAUGUGGUUUGAGGCAGCAUCUCACUGGUUGAGCUGCAUCUUAAAGACACGGACAAAUUCCAUAAAUAUAAAUCAUUAGAUAGGUUCUAGGUAAACCAAGCUUUGUAACAGACUUGAAAGCAGUUAACCUCUAUUUUUAUGCCUUGAAAGCUGAUUGAAAUUCUGUGUUACAGGCCUGACAGCAAGGGGGAAUACACACAUACAUCAAGCUCCAUGUUUUAACAAUCAAAAGUUAUAGUUCAUACAUGUAAAAAGUCUUAGUUUCAGCUAUAAAUGCAGUCAAAAUUGUACUUAGUUAAAUACAUUUCAUAUAGACAUAUUUCAAACAUGCUGUACUGUGCAAAACUUUAAGGCAUGUUUGGGCCAUAAAUUGAGGCUGAAGUAAGGCGUGUAAUGGCGAGAAAGCCCACCUGAGGGCACUACAGAGUGGGAUGGAUUGACACAACCCAGGUCAUGCUCUGGAUGUCCUUGCAUGUUACCAUGGGCAUGGGGAAAUUAGUGCUGAAAAAAUAACAAAGUCCAUACCUUGAGGGCAAAGUAAAGGGUUAAUGUGGCGAGUAAGCGUAGCCUAAGGCCCCAUUCACAUGGAAAUGAAAACGCUAUACUGCCAUUUCGUUUUGGAAAAGUUUUCCAUAAAGACGGAAUCGUUUCAGGAAAUAUCUGCAUAAAAACGAAACGACCAACUAAACUAAAACCAGAUUGUGCACUCGUUCUUUUAUUAUGAAAGUAAAAUUAACAUACAUGACUACUUAAUGAAAAAGCACAGUCUCUAAUGUACAAGCUGGUCAAUCAUUGCUAGCCUAUGUAACCUUUGACAUUCAGACCCAAGAUGAAAAUGUAAGGAGCAAACUCAUUUCAGACCCUUUUAAAUUUUGAGUUUCAGCAAGUUGAUGAUUCCAGUGUGCUAGCAGAUGCUGUAAAGCAUGAAUAAGAACGUGUAUUUUAGCUUUGAGAUACAUAAAGUCAAGCAGGUUUCUGUCAGCAAGAGUAGCAGAUGUCACUGUUUCUGGUAAGGGCUGACAAUCAAACAAACCUGCUGUGACUGAAAGCAUUAGUUUGAGGGGGAGGGCUGUUUGAGAUGGCUAAAUUCAAUCAAUACUGAUCUAAAGGAUCAACACUGCUUCUUUUAGAUCUGACCCUAUGACCUUUUAGCCCAUGAGGCAAUAGCGUUGAAGCACCUGCCCCCUUCCAGUGGAUCCAUGUUUAUCGUAUAUCCAUCGAUUGGCUCGGUGAAAUAUUUGCAUUUGAACAGUGGAGGUACUGCAGCUCGUUCACUCACUCUUUCUCCUUCGUUUGUGCACAGCAGCAGUUUCAGAGUAGGUCAGCAUCUUGUUAAUUCUGCGUUAGGGACAAUCAGGAGACCUUAUGACAACACUUUAUACCUCUGAACAGACUGACAUCCCCUCAACCAUUGUCAAAGCCCUAUUUCUACCUCAAAUCAGAAGCUUUUUAGAAGAUAUCUUUGCUUCAGCCACAACAGAGAAGCUUUUAGAGGGCUGAUGCAGGAAAAUCUCAUGAAAGAUUUAAUCAGCGAGAGAUUGCAGUGAGCACAGACAAUCAGAUAUCAGCUUUAAAGUGUAAAAUUCAAUCAGUUUAAGUUAUGCAAGUGGAACCAGGGAAGCAAGUACAGUUGUUUUUCAGCUCAAGCUUUGACCUCCUUGUCUAAAAGCUCCCCCUUGUGGAGGGUUAUGCUAUGACGCACAAUCAGUCUCCUAACAACACAUUUUCAGUGUUCUUAUCUUCCUUUAGUUGUGUUGCAGUUUUUAGUCUUGUUUAGGCCACAAAGCUCCUGAAACAGUAUUGAAGACAUUACAGGGCAGGGAAAUUCUCCACUGGACUAGUACUCUGGAAAAAAAACUUUGCUUUACUUUUUAAUGAAAAACAAAGACAUUUUAAUUUGUUCCUUCAUAUCAGAGGUAGCUGAUAUUUCAGGUUGGUACAAUGAAACUAAGAAAAUUGUGUCCAUUUUAACUCUGUUGUUCAGAGUUUUGAAAAUACUUUUUGUAUGAGUUUGUGGUUUAUUCUAAUCUUUGCAUCUUCUCUGUGCUGCUUUAACUCAUAGGAUGUGAAAGUGGUGUGAAAAUGGACAACUUUCUCUGAUAUUUUGUUAAUGUUUCAGAAUUUUUGUGUGCAGUUAAAAAGCUGGGAAUGAUUUCAAAGUCUGCUUUAUGGUGCAUUCACGUGCUGUUGAACAGAUCAGAACAAUGACUUAGCUGGGCUAAUUUUUGUCACAUUUUAAAAUGCAAAAUAUUUUUUUUUGUUUAGUUUCCAAACUAUUUUAGUGCUUGUAAAAUAGGGCUUUUAAGGGGCUAUCUGAGCUUCCAAACCCUCAACAGUGUCAUCCCAUUUGCUAGCUCGCUCAAUGUCCAAAAUACUGCUCAUUUUCCUCCAACCAGAGCAUAGCAUAAAAAAUGUAUCACUUCCCACACUGUUGAUGUGGAACAUUUCUGGGUUAGGGUGCAUGCAGCCUUUUGACUGGACUUCACCACUGACUUUACCUCCAUCAGGUGGACUGUAGAUGAGAAAAAUGAUGAGAAAUAAGAUGCCUUCUGCUGUGACAAUGGUUGUAUGAAUUAACCUUCAUUAAAUAGACUAUUUCUGAAAAUGGCUUUGUAGGGCUGUGAAAUAUAUCAUGUUUAUAUUUGUUUUAAUGCUCUUUCUUUGCUUUUUUCCUCCUGAAUUUGCUGAAGCAGCCCCAGCACUCAGAGAUUACAUGUAGAGCAGAUUUAUAAACAUAUAGCGAUAAUGAUGAUGAUGAUAAUGUGAUUAUUUUAGGGAAGCAUGUGAUGUGUGCGUGUGCGUGUGUGUGUGUGCGUGUGCGUGUGAGGGGGGUACUUUCACACGUCUUCAAGUUAACUUCAGAACUGAAACAAGACUCUUUGUCUUUUACAACUUCUCAGGAAAAUCUACCUCUACCUCCAGUUUGAUGCAUUUAACCCAGGAAGGGCUCACGUUACAGCUCAGCAGGUACACAGAGAGGAAGUGUCGACAGGCACUGUGCAGGUUCCAACAUAAACGUAAACAAAGCAGUACAGUGCUAUAGAUUAGCUGUAAUCCUAUGGAAUAUUUGAGAUUGUAUGGAGCUGUGUUUCUAUCAUUGUCAUGGAUAGAAACACAAGAGUUGCCCUGUAGGUGCAGGGUAAGACGUUUAUUUUGGACACUGUGGUGUCCUGUCUAUAUUUCUGUGUAUCAGGUUUGUAACGCUUCUGCUGUUAAGUUUAUUUGAGCAUCAACAACAGGGAACCUCCAGCUCAACUACUACUAGUACUUCAACAAAUAUCGCUGCCAGUACCACUGUUGGUACUGCGACUUUUGUUUUCAGUCUGUUCUAUUAAUUUGUGCUUAUUCCUCCUUUUUUCUAUAAAUGAUUAAAUAUUUGAUGAAUGGGAUGUUUCCCCGAUAACCACAGGAACAGUGAAGUGGCAGCGGGCAAUGCAACUGUUUAUUUUUAUUUCAUUUUUCUUUGUGUUUUUGAAGGGUGGAGAGCUAUUCUUUCCUAUUUACUCAACAUGUGUUUGUGUGAAUACUUUUAUUUUGAAUCUGAAAUUAAUAAAAUAUCA